AUGCGCAUCUGGCGAGUCGUUGCUUUGCUGAUCGUCGGUGGCUUUUCUGCUCGCGUGAAAGAUCCUGGCAAAGAUCCUUCGGACUGGCGGGCAGUGAAGAUAGUGGUGAACUCUAACAGGAAGUACCAGCUGCCGCUGAAGAUGCUGUUGGACUCGAUGAGAGCCAUCAAGUUCCAAAACCUCACCGACGUGAUCAUUGUCAUCGGAGGAGCUGAUGUGGACCGGAUAUACACGGAUCACGACAUGACCUACAUCGAGACUCCUUACAUGAAUUAUGACUUGACUGGCCUGGCCAUACUGGGACGCUACAAGGAUCAUCCCUCGGUCCAGGCAAACAGCUAUCUAUACCUCUUGGACACGACCACCGUAGGUGCUGGCUUUCUGGAGAAGUUCAAAGCUCUCAGCAGCAUGGGCUACAAGGAAUACCGCAGCGUGCGCCGCCCGGCCUCGAACAUCUGCGCCUUCGGGCGGGGGUUGCUGGAGGCGUUGCCCGCGAACUUCGAGCCGAAACUCGAAAAGGUCGAAGGCCUCCGCUUCGAGUACGGCUUCGAGCCCAAGGGCAUCAAGCAGUUCGAAGACGUGGCCGACCAGGUGACGGUGUUGCGGGACCGCAUCGAAGAAGGGGAUCCCGUGGAUAUCUACAAGACGGGAUAUCCCAGGCACGUCUUCUGGUAUCCAGACUUCGGAGUCUACAAAUACAUUCUCAUUGGAGGUUAUGGCGACAUGGAUGGCCAUGUGACACCCAUGAUCCCGCCGCCGACGGUGAAGAACCCCCGGAAGCAUCACAAGAAGCGACACCGGAAGCAUCACCUGGACGACUGA